UAACAGGCAUUACACGAACGCUACUCCCGAAUCAAACCACGGAGUGGUUCGAGGGAGGAAAAAGUAACAAGAACAUCGAUCGCUGUGUCCCGCACACGUGGAUGUACCUUAGCCGACAAGAUUGAGUCACUUGUCAUCCGUGGCCGUGACAACAUGUCUGGAUUUGGAGCUUCAUUGUCAUUCGAUGUCUGGCGGGCACCUGAAACAUGGCAGUGGUGGAGGCUCGUCUUGGUGCUCGCCGUCUUCUUCCACAAUGACCUCAGCUCACCGUCGGACUGCCCGCCCACCUGCGCCUGCUCGCCCAACGAAAUCUACUGCAACAAGUCGGUCAGCAGUCGGUUCUCCCCGAACACUCGGAGCGCCGGAGAGCUUUUCCACAACAUAACUUCCAUACAUAUUGAAAACUGGACUGGUCUGCAGACCUUAAGAGAUAUUCACAUGGAACUCUACACCGCCUUGCAGAGGCUAACACUUAUCAGGAGCAGCCUGCAUACAAUCCAGCCACAUGUUUUCUCCAAAAAUCCCCAACUAAGCUACAUAAAUCUGUCCAAGAACCCAAUGCUGACUACAUUGUCCUGGCAAGUCUUUGAAAAUCUGCAGCUCAUGGAACUACAUUUAGAAGAUGUGAUCUUUGAUUGUGGGUGUAGGAUCCGUUGGCUGCAACUAUGGCAACAAAGGGGAGAUGUAGGACUAAGUAGCCAGCAAUUAUACUGUCAUAAUGGCUCAAAGAAGAUUCUGCUACAAGAAAUGAACGUAAGCGAAUGCGACCUUCCAGAAAUCACCAUAAGCCACUGCAACCUCACAGUUAAAGAAGGCGACAGUAUAACUACAACAUGUAAUGGCUCUGGAUCUCCAUUACCUGAAGUGGAUUGGUCUGUUACUGGUUUGCACUCCUUUCAUUUAGAAGAGGCCAGAGUCUAUGAAAACAACACUGUUCGUUCAAAGAACAUCACUUUGGUAAAUGUCAGCAGAGAUGACAACAACGUCCUUCUGACCUGCACUGCCACCAAUGUAGUAGGAAUGACCAACGCUUCCAUUCAGCUUAAUGUUCACUUUUGUCCUUCUAUUGUAAAGCUGAAGGAGCCAGAGCGUCGCCAUGACACAUGCAUAGAAUUUACAGUUAGAGGUUCACCCCACCCAAAAUUAAGAUGGUUCUACAAUGACAAGGAAAUUUCCCACACUGAUUAUUUGCGUCUUGAUAUGGAUAUUUACCAGGACUACAUUGAGGGAUGCCUUACUUUCAAAAACCCAACACAUCACAACAACGGUAACUACACCCUGGAAGCUAAAAACUAUCUGGGGGUGGUCACCAGUACUGUCAAUGGACACUUCCUUGACAAGCCCUUCGAUGUUACAGAAAGUGAUUAUGAUUAUGUAAGCCCAAUGGCAGAACGUCACAACCCACACGAAGACACUUUUGGGGUUUCUAUAGCAGUCGGACUUGCAGGGUUUGCCUGUGUGAUGCUUGUGAUUAUCAUCCUCCUGAUCAAUAAGUAUCGGCGAAAUUCCAAGUUAGGCAUGAAAGGUCCAGCAGCAGUGAUAAGUGGUGAAGAAGACUCCACGAGUCCACUUCAUCAUGGAAAUCAUGGGAUUAUCAGACCAUCUACAUUGGAUGGUGGACUGGAUGCUGUGACGAUUGGCCUGAACAGGAUUCCCAUUAUUGAGAAUCCACAGUACUUCAAACAUGGACAAAACUAUAAGAAAUCUACCACCUAUGUUCAGCAUCUAAAACGGAGGGACAUUAUUUUGAAGAGGGAGCUUGGAGAAGGAGCUUUCGGCAAAGUCUUCUUAGCAGAAUGUUACACUCUUUGCCCAAAAAUGGACAAAAUGCUUGUAGCUGUAAAGACUCUGAAGGACCCCAAUUUAUCAGCGAGGAAAGAUUUCCAACGUGAAGCUGAGCUGCUGACUAAUCUCCAACAUGAACAUAUUGUGAAAUUUUAUGGCGUAUGUGUUGAUGGAGAUCCACUCAUCAUGGUCUUUGAGUACAUGAAGCAUGGAGAUUUGAAUAAGUUUCUCAGAGCCCAUGGACCAGAUGCCAUGAUCCUGGUGGACGGACAGCCGCUGCAGACUAACGGGGAGUUGGGACUGUCCCAGAUGCUUCACAUAGCCAGUCAAAUCACAGCAGGAAUGAUCUACCUUGCAUCGCAACACUUUGUACACCGUGAUUUGGCUACCAGAAACUGUCUGGUAGGGAAUGUCCUCCAGGUGAAAAUAGGAGACUUCGGCAUGUCAAGAGACAUUUACAGCACUGAUUAUUAUAGGGUGGGAGGUCACACGAUGCUGCCUAUUCGCUGGAUGCCCCCAGAAAGCAUCAUGUACAGGAAGUUUACCACAGAGACUGAUGUGUGGAGCUUUGGAGUUGUUCUAUGGGAAAUCUUCACUAAUGGCAAACAGCCCUGGUUCCAGCUGGCCAAUAACGAGGUGAUUGAGUGUGUAACUCAGGGCAGGGUACUUGAGCGCCCAAAGCUCUGUCCGCAAGAAGUCUACGAUGUUAUGCUCGGCUGCUGGCAGAGAGAACCACAACAGCGCCUUAACAUGAAGGAGAUUCAGAAGACUCUAUUAUCUCUGAUGAAAGCCGCACCAGUCUAUCUGGACAUACUGGGUUAGAAACAGAAAUAAUGAAGAGGAACGUAAUGUAAAUUAAGGUCAAGUAGACAAUCAAUGGAAAAGAAUUAACUACAUGAUUCACAUCAACAUGACCUAACAGGGUUUGAAUGCCUUAUUAAGGGCUGAUUAACUAAUGUUAGUACACGAUAUACUAAGUCCUUGGAGGUGUAUGUAUCUGUUUAACAGUGCUGGAAUACAGCUAUGUAGACACAGAUUAGUAAACUAGCUGAUUCUUUUUCAUGAAAUAAUACAAUAUGAAUAUGUGAAUAUGUUCCCUCAGCACACACCUGUGAGAAUUUUGUCAUGUAUCUACUGUAUUUGUCAACACGUUACCAAAAUAAUUAUAACAUGAUGCAUGCGUGUUCAGGUGGACAGAAUUUGAUCCGUUUUGUGUGGAAGUAGUAAAUACAAUGGUUAAAAUAUUAGUAAAAAGUCCUACUUUAGGAUUAAAAUUCUUGCAAAUAAAAAUAACAAUUCUUUAUCCACCUUAUUUUUUUUGGGGGGGGGGGGGUUUGUCAAAUUGACACUCUUCUUUAAAAAGCUAAACAUAUUGAACAUGCUCAGGAUGACAUUCAGCCCUCAUGCAAGCCAAUUAUGAUGUUAAAUACUAGAAAAUUCUGACGAAGGCUCCCAGACCUUACACUGGAGGGCGGCGCAUACCUGAGUGACUCUCACUAGAGCGCUGGACCUAAGUGCCUCUUCCUGCUUACUGCUAUAUUACUCAAUAUUUGUGUUUGAAGUAUAACAAAGUAAUAAAAUGUCCAUAUUCCAUACAGUAUACUUGCUGGAAUAGCCAUAAAAGGUCCGAUGAACUUACAUUGAGCACUCAUCAUAUAUUGCAUCUAAGGUGAUCCUGUGGUGUCAUUGUCACAUCGUUAUGGGAUCCUUGUCUUUUAUUGGUAUUGACUAUUGAGUUUUUCUGAACUAAUUUCGUAGUUUGACCAUCAAUGCAUAACUCAACAUUUUGAUGGUUGCUUAAGUAAAGUGGAAGUUCAGUCGAUAAUAAUAACUAGAGAACUUCCUGUAGUGUGUGCAUGCUGAGAAGCCUCCAGUGAGCGUGUCACGUGGAAUUUCUGAGCUCCUCAAUGCACUUCUUAAAUAUCCAAAUAGAUUGUGCAGUCAUCAUGUCAGCAUAUGACACCAUACAGCUCCUAAAAAUGAAUUUGCAUGGAGAUUGCUGGUAUCGUAAUUGUAAUUAAUUUAUUUCUUUUGUAUUUCCGCUCAGCAUUUCUCAGUUUGCAAGAUUACAUUACACAGAUUUUAUAUUCAAAAACUGUUACAUGAAAUGCCCAAAAAAGAGAAAAGUCAUUAAAAAAAUAUUGUCUUCUUUUAGUUUCCUAUUUUUACAUAGUGAACAAAAUAGUCCGACUGAAACCUAAACAUGUCAGUCUGACUGAAAUUGUACUUAAUCAAAAAAUGGUAUGAUAGAGUAUAAGAAGUUGUUCGACAUGGAAUAGCAUGGUGGAUGCAGUAUAAGGUUGAGCCACCUGCCUUCCCACUACCCAAAAACAAAUAACAUGUCAUUUGUAAAAUAAUGUAUGCAUGCAACCAAAAGUUAACCACAGCCAAAGCCUAAUACCAGCCCAUGUGCACUCCUCGAGCAAUUUUGUUUGUUUUGAAAUCAUUUUACACGAAUUUCUUUUCUCAGUGAAAUUUUUUUAAUUCUUUUUACUUUUCUUUUGAUCUUACAUGUUUUUAAAAUGCUUUUUGUAUGUUUUGCACCAAUAAAAA